AUGAUCAUUACAGAGCUUCCAGUUCAUAUUGUGAAGCCCUUGAGAGUGAAGAUUGCCAUGUACAAACAUCGUGCCUUGCUGGAGUGCCAGGUCUCCCGUGCCAAUGCUGCAGUUAAAUGGUACAGAAGAAAUCAUGAAAUUGUGCCAAACAGGAAGUACCAAACUAUCAGUGAAGGUGUGUACAGACAGCUCAUCAUAGAUGAUGUGGGAUCCUCAGAUGAAGACACUUUUAUGUGUGACGCUGUCGAUGACAGAACUUCCUGCCAACUGUUUGUAGAGGAGCAGGCCAUCAGCAUUUUGAAAGGACUCAGUUCUGUGGAGGUCAUGGAGCCUAAAGAAGCUCGUUUUAAAGUGGAAACGAGUAUUAAAUUAGAGAGGGCACCCAAAUGGACCCUGAAUGGCCGGAUACUGUGUCCCUGUCCAGAAAUCAGGAUUGAGAGACAAGGAACUUCAAACAGACUUAUUUUCACUCAAACCGACAGUAGUAUGAGUGGAACUGUGCAGUUCACCUCAGGAAAAAGCAAGUCAGAAGCUCAACUCACAGUUACAGAGCGCCCUUUGAUUGUCAGUCAGCCCAUUUCUGAUGUGGAGGUGAAGGAGAACACGUCAGUUACUCUCAGCUGUGAGUUCUGUCCAUCUCCCAGAGUGGUGCGCUGGUUCAAGGGUAGAACCCCCCUGUUUGCCUCCAAUAAGUACAGUAUGAAGCGGGAAAAGAACCGGGUUGAGAUGACCAUCACGAGUGUGAAAGCAGCAGAUUCAGGAGAGUAUCGCUGUGUGGCUGGUGGCUCAGAGACAAGAGGAAGAAUUAGUGUGGAAGUGAAAAGGUUGAAGAUCAUAAGACACUUAGAGCAAGUAGAGGUUGAGGAGGAUGGAACUGCAGUGUUCAGCUGUGAACUGAAUCAUGAGUCACCCAGCAUCCAAUGGUUGCUCAAUGACCGAGUCCUAUACACAAACCACAUCAACAAAAUCCAGAGUUCUGGAAAAGUGUACAAUCUAAUUCUAAAACGACUCGCUCCUCAAGAAAGCUGUGUAACAUUCAAAACCUUUGAUGUCAGUGAGUCUGCAUUCCUCAGGGUCAGAGAAAAGCCAGCCGUGUUUCUUAGGUCACUGGAGGACGUUGUAGGAGAGGAACGUGGUGAAAUCCUUUUGCACUGUGAGGUUUCGAAGCCAUCUGUGACACCUGUCUGGAGGAAAGAUGGUGGAAUUCUGACCGCCAAUGAAAAGUAUGAGAUUCUCCAUGUGGGAAAGUCAUUGUCUCUUAUAAUUCGCAAACUGAGAAAGGACGAUGCAGGAGAGUACAGCUGUGAUAUUGGCUGCAGCCAAACUAAAGCGAAAGUCAUAGUUCGUGACCUGCGCAUUACCAUUGUCAAACGCAUACGGACAACAGCUGUGCUGGAAGGGGAAAGCUGCAGGUUUGAAUGUGUCCUGUCCCAUGAUAUCAUUGAUGAAGCAUCGUGGAUUUUGAAUGGCCAACUGAUUGUGAGCAAUGGACGGAUCAUAGUUGCUAACAAGGGCUGCAAAUACACAAUGAGCAUUCAGGAAGUUACAAUAUCUGAUGCAGGCGAGGUGGUCUUUACCAUUAAAGAGCUCAGCUGCAGGACUAUGCUGUUUGUCAAAGAGAAGCCUGUGAGAGUAUUUAGGGAUAUGCUAAAUGUUAAAGCAACACCCGGUGAAGAUCCAGAGCUCAGCUGUGAGAUCACCAAACCUGACGCGACCGUUAAAUGGCUGAAAAAUGGACGCCUAAUUAGAGUCAGCCCAAAAUAUGAAAUUAUCCAAAAUAAUUAUCUGGUGAAGCUCAUCAUCCAUAAUGCAGCUAUAAGGGACUCAGGAGAGUACUGCUGUGAGGCUGAUGGGAUUGCUACAAGGGCGAGAUUAGAUGUUAGAGACUUGCAGCAUACAUUUGCAAAGGAACUGAAGGAUAUGCGUGCAGAGGAAAAGGGUAUGGUGACCAUGGAGUGUGAAACCAGGAGGCCCGCCGCUACCGUGACCUGGUUAAAAGGCCUGAUGGUGCUCAGCUCGGGACAGAAGUACAUGAUGAAGAAGAAAGAUGUUGUCCUCACUCUGACCAUCUUCAAUCUGGAGAAAAGUGACAGUGCUGUCUACACCUGUGACGUUGGGACAAUGCAAAGCAGGGCUUUACUUACAAUUCAAGGUCAAAAAGUGGUCAUUGUGGAUGAACUAAAAGAUAAAGAGAGUCUAGAAGGAGAUACCAUCGUCUUUAGGUGUCGGAUCUGCCCAAGUGACUAUGAUGAUGUCAAGUGGUACCUGGAUGAGACCUUGCUCUACACUAAUGAUCUUAACGAGAUUAAGAUGAUGCCUGGUGGAUACCACACUCUUACCUUCAAACAGCUUGCACGUAAAGACACCGGCACCAUCUCCUUUGAGGCUGGGGACAAAAGAUCAUAUGCGUCACUAUUAGUCAGAGAGAGACGCCCCACAAUAACUAAAGCAUUGGAGGACACAGAAGCAAUUGAAGGAGGAAGUUUGGUGCUGUUAUGCAAGACCUCAAAGCCAUGUCAUAUUGUUUGGUACAAAGACAGCUGUUUAAUCUGGAAUUCCUCUAAGUACGUAGUGAGUCGAUCUGGAAAUGAGGCCAGGCUGACCAUCCGUGAUGUGAAAGACAGUGACGCAGGGGUGUACGAGUGCGAUGCAGGAUCUGUCAGCACUAAAGCCACUGUGACUGUUAAAGUUAUUCCUGCUGAGUUUACAAAAGCACUUCAGAACCAGGAGGUCAAAGAGGGAGAGAGUGUAACGCUGAUGUGCGAAUACUCUAUACCCGGCGUCCAGUUUGUGUGGCGCAAAGGAGCCGAGACAUUAAAAUCUAGUGAGAAGUACCAUAUGAAGCAGAGGAGGUCUUGCAUUUCUCUUACAAUACACAAUCUGAAGCCAGAAGAUUCAGGGAAUUACACAUGCAUUUGCAGAGACCAAAGAACUAUGGCUACUCUUACAGUCAAUGCGGUUCCUAUAUCAUUUAUUAAAGAGCUCAAGAACCAAGAGACAGAAGAGGGUAAAAAUGUGACAUUACGCUGUGAACUUUCCAAAGCUGGAAUCCCAGUGGAAUGGCUGAAAGGCGAACAAACUCUCUUGCCAGGGGAGAAGUAUCAGAUGAGACACAUAGUCACCAUAUUGGAGCUGGUAAUCAGAAAUCCAGUUCCCGGCGACAGUGGAAUGUACAUCUGUGUGUGUGAAGAUCAAAGGACUAAAGCCAUUAUCACAAUACGAACUCAACCAAUCAUGUUCAAACAGAAGUUAAGAAAUCAAAUGGCUGAAGAGGGAAACAGUAUAAUCUUACACUGCGAGAUAUCCAAACCAGACACCCCUGUCCAGUGGAGAAAGGAGGGCAACCUGCUAAAGUCUGGAGAGAAGUACAAAAUCAGGCAGAGAGGCUGUAUGCUAGAGCUGAAGAUUUUUAAUUUGACACAAGAGGAUAGUGGAGUCUAUAGCUGUUCGAGUGAUACUGCCGAGACAUCAGCCAACAUCACAGUUAGUGCGCAACCUGUGACUUUUAAAGAGAAGCUGAAAAACCUGGUAGCUGAGGAAGGAAAGACAAUUACACUGCACUGUGAGCUUUCCAAACCCGGUGUCCCAGUAGAAUGGUGGAAUGGAGACGAACUGCUCCAGCCUGGAGAGAAGUAUAAGAUGAGAGAACGAGACACCUCAGUUGAGCUGAUCAUCUGUGAGGCUGAGCCUGAAGACAGUGGAGUCUACAGAUGUGUCUGUGGAGACCAAAAGACAAAAGCUACAGUCAAAAUUAUUGGUGCUCCUGCUACUUUUAAGCAAAACCUUAAGAAACAAGAAGCUCUGGAAGGGGGAUCGAUAACUCUACACUGUGAGGUCUCCAAAGCUGGAGUACCUGUGGAAUGGUGGAAAGAAGAUAAACCACUCCUUCCAGGGACACGGUACCAGAUGAGACUAAAUGGAAAGACUGCAGAGUUGGAAAUAACUAACGUUUUCCCUGAGGAUGCUGGGACAUAUAGCUGUGUGACUGGAGGCCAAAAGACCACAGCUGAAGUGAAAGUCAAAGCUCAUCCAAUUACUUUCAAGCGAGAGCUUCAGAAUCAAAUAUCUGUAGAGGGUGACAGUGCAGUAUUUACCUGUGAACUUUCAAAGCCUGGUGCUCCAGUUGAGUGGAGGAAAGGUAGAGUGAUGCUGAAAAGUGGAGCCAAAUAUCAAAUGACGCUUGAGGGGCGAUUAACCAAACUGGUGAUAAAUAACCUUGUUGAGGGUGAUGCAGGAAAUUACACCUGCAAAACCAAAGAUUCACAAUCGACAGCCGAAUUGACGGUUCAAGCUGCUGCCUCUGUGUUCUUUGAGAAAGAGCUUGAGAGUCAAGAAGCAGUGGAGGGGGAUUCUGUCCUGUUUAGUUGUUUGCUCUCUAGUGAUAAUGCCCCAGUGACCUGGAGAAAAGAUGCAAAUCAGGUCACGCAGGGAGGGCGAUAUACCCUCCACCGUAAAGGUUCCACUCAGGAGCUUGAAAUCAGGAAACUCAGAAUGCAGGACGCUGGUGUGUACACGUGCAAUGUCAGAGGCAAAAAGACUUCUGCGACCCUCAAAGUAAUAGAGCGUGUGAGGAUUGUGAAAGGACUGCGUGACUUGACGGUUACUGCAGGCGAGAGCGCACACUUUGUGUGCGAGCUUUCACACGAGAACAUCCUUGACGGGGUUUGGUGGCUUGGUUCCAAUGUACUUCAGGAGAACGAGAUGAACCAGAUGACUAUCUGUGGUCGAGAACAUCACUUGGUGCUCACUAUGACCACAACCGAAGAGACAGGUGUCGUGUCCUUUGUGGUGGGAAAUGAAAAGACUUCUGCUCGUCUUCGCGUGAACACCAAACCUAAAGUUUUCAUAGAGGAAAGACUGAAGGACAUGACCAUUUUUGAGGGAGAUUCUGCCACCCUCUCCUGUGUGACUUCUGAUACUUGCACACCUGUCACCUGGAAACGAAAUAAUGUAACUCUGCUUCCUGGGGAAAAAUAUGAACCUCUGAAACAUGGGAAACGUAAUGUUCUUCUGAUUCACAAAGUCAGAAAAGAGGACGCUGGGAUUUACAUGUGCGAUACAGGAGACAUGCAGAGUAGUGCUACUCUUAUAGUCAAAGAACGUCCUUUGUUUUUCUGCCGGGAGCUCCAAAACCAAGAAGCAGAAGAGGGUGAGACUACUUUCUUGUGCUGUGAAUUGUCUCAACCUGGAGUUGUGGUUGAGUGGAAGAAGGGAGCAGUUCUUCUUACACCUGGUGACAAAUAUGAGAUGAAACAGGAUGGAUGUGAGUUCCAGAUACAAAUCAAUGACCUCACAAGUCAAGACAGUGGGGCUUACAGGUGUUGUGCAGAUGGCAUUGAGACAAGGGCCAGUAUUACUGUAAAAGAGCGUCCUUUGAUCUUCCGUGAAGAGCUUCAAAACCAAGAAGCACAGGAAGGUGAAACAGCCUUUCUGUACUGUGAGCUCUCUAAAACUGGAGUGCCAGUACAGUGGAAGAAGGGGGCGAUGCUGCUGAAGAAUGGACAGAAGUAUGAGAUGACGCAAGAGGGCAAUGAAGUACAACUUCAGAUCCAUGACCUCACAAGUCAAGACAGUGGCACCUACAGAUGCUGUGCUGGCAACAUAGAAACACGGGCUAGUGUUAUUGUUAAAGAGCAACCUCUUUUCUUCUGUGAGAAACUCCAUAACCAGGAAGCAGAAGAGGGUGAGACAGCUUUCCUUUCCUGUGAGCUCUCUAAACCUGGAGUUGAAGUGCAGUGGAAAAAGGGGGCAAUACGACUGAGACCAGGAAACAAAUAUGAGAUGAAACAAGAUGGCUGCAAAGUUCAACUACAGAUCCAUGACCUGACACGUGAAGAUAGCGGCACAUACAAGUGCUGCUCUGGAAGCCUGGUUACCACUGCAUCCAUUAUAGUCAAAGAACAUCCUUUGUACUUCAUCAAGAUGCUUGAGUGUCAAGAAGCAGAAGAAGGGGAAACUGCCUUCCUUUGUUGCGAACUUUCAAAACCUGGGGCUGCCGUGCAGUGGAAGAAGGGAUCUGUGCUGCUGAAGCCUGGAAGGAAGUAUGAAAUAAAGCAGCAUGGUGGUGAACUGCAGCUUCAGAUCCAUGAGCUCACAAGCCAAGACAGUGGUGUCUACACAUGCUGUGUUGGUAGUCUAGUGACCUCAGCAUCUCUGGAAGUUAAAGAACAACCUCUGUAUUUCUGUGAGGAGCUCCAAAGGCAGGAGGUAGAAGAAGGUGAGACUGCAAUACUAAGCUGUGAGCUCUCUAAACCUGGAGUGAAAGUGCAGUGGAAGAAAGGAGUGGUGUUGCUUACACCAGGAAACAAAUAUGAGAUGAAGCAAGAUGGCUGUAAAUUACAGCUUCUGAUACAUGACUUAAACAGUCAGGACAGUGGCAUCUACAAAUGUUGUGCUGGUAGCUUGGUGACCACAGCAUAUAUUGAUGUGAAAGAAUCACCGGUUGUCUUCGAAGAGGAACUCCAAAGUCUUGAAGCAGAGGAAGGUGAGACAGCCACCCUGACCUGUGAACUCUCUAAACCUGGAGUUGCAGUGCAGUGGAAGAAGGGAACAGUGUUGCUAAAGCCAGGAAACAAGUAUGAGAUGAAACAAGACGGUUGCCUACAGCAGCUUCAAAUAUGGGACCUGAAACAUGAAGAUAGUGGCUCGUAUAAAUGUUGUGCUGGCAGUCUGGUGACAACUGCUUCUCUUGUGGUAAAGGAACAGCCAUUGUUCUUCUCUGAGGAGCUCCAAAACCAAGAAACAGAGGAGGGUAGGACAGCCAUAUUCUGCUGUGAGCUCUCUAAACCUGGAGUUUCAGUUCAGUGGAAAAAGGGAGCAGUGUUGCUUAAGCCGAGUAAAAAAUAUGAGAUUAAACAGGAUGGCCAUCAACUACAGCUUCAGAUCCAUGAGCUAACAGCUCAGGACAGUGGGGUGUACAAAUGUUGUGCUGGAAGCCUGGUCACAACUGCUUCACUUGUGAUAAAAGAAGAGCCAUUGUUCUUCUCUGAGGAGCUCCAAAAUCAAGAAGUAGAGGAGGGUAAGACAGCCAUAUUGUGCUGUGAGCUCUCUAAACCUGGAGUUUCAGUGCAGUGGAAAAAGGAAACCAUUCUUUUGAAGUCUAGUAACAAAUAUGAGAUAAAACAGGAUGGUCGUCAACUACAGCUUCAUAUCCAUGAGCUAACAACUCAGGACAGUGGGGCUUACAAAUGUUGUGUUGGGAGCCUGAUUACAGCUGCUUCUCUUGUAGUAAAAGAAAAGCCAUUGUUUUUCUCUGAGGAGCUCCAAAACCAGGAAGCAGAGGAGGGUAGGACAGCCAUAUUGUGCUGUGAGCUCUCUAAAACUGGAGUUUCAGUGCAGUGGAAGAAGGGAACAGUGCUUUUGAAGCCUAGUGAAAAAUAUGAGAUUAAACAGAAUGGCCGUCAGCUACAGCUUUAUAUCCAUGAGCUAACAGCUCAGGACAGUGGGGCUUACAAAUGUUGUAUUGGGAACCUGAUUACAGCUGCUUCUCUUGUAGUAAAAGAAAAGCCAUUGUUUUUCUCUGAGGAGCUCCAAAACCAGGAAGCAGAGGAGGGUAAGACAGCCAUAUUGUGCUGUGAGCUCUCUAAAACUGGAGUUUCUGUGCAGUGGAAGAAGGGAACAGUGCUUUUGAAGCCUAGUAAAAAAUUUGAGAUUAAACAGAAUGGCCGUCAGCUACAGCUUCAGAUCCAUGAGCUAACAACUCAGGACAGUGGGGCCUACAAAUGUUGUGCUGGAAGCCUGGUCACAUCUGCUUCUCUUGUGAUAAAAGAGCAUCCUUUGUUUUUCUUUGUGGAGCUUCAAAAUCAAGAAGCAGAGGAAGAUAAGACAGCCAUAUUCUGCUGUGAGCUCUCUAAACCUGGAGUUUCAGUGCAGUGGAAGAAAGGAACAGUUCUUUUGAAGCCUAGUAAAAAGUAUGAGAUUAAAGAGGAUGGCCGCAAAGUACAACUUCGGAUCCAUGAGCUAACAACUCAAGACAGUGGGGCCUACAAAUGUUGUGCUGGGAGCCUGGUCACAUCUGCUUCUCUUGUGGUGAAAGAGCAUCCUUUGAUCUUCACUGAGGAGCUCCGAAACCAAGAAGCAGAGGAAGAUAAGACAGCCAUAUUGUGCUGUGAGCUCUCUAAACCUGAAGUUUCAGUGCAGUGGAAGAAAGGAACAGUUCUUUUGAAGCCUAGUAAAAAAUAUGAGAUUAAACAGGAUGGCCACAAAGUACAACUUCGGAUCCAUGAGCUAACAACUCAAGACAGUGGGGCCUACAAAUGUUGUGCAGGGAGUCUGGUCACAACUGCUUCCCUUGUAGUAAAAGAUCAACCAAUAUUCUUCUGUAAGAACCUCCAAAACCUUGAAGCGGAGGAAGGUAAGACAGUCAGCCUGAGCUGUGAACUCUCAAAACCUGGAGUUGCUGUGCAGUGGAAAAAGGGAACAGUGUUGCUAAAACCUGGAAACAAGUAUGAGAUGAAACAAGACGGCAGUGUGCUACAGCUCCAGAUACGUGACCUGAAAAGUGAAGAUGGUGGCUCUUAUAAAUGUUGUACUGGGAACAUGGCGACGACUGCUUCUCUUGUGGUAAAAGAACAUCCCUUGUUCUUCUCUGAGGAGCUCCAAAACCAGGAAACAGAGGAGGGCCAGACAGUCACAUUGCGCUGUGAGCUUUCUAAACCUGUAGUUUCUGUACAGUGGAAGAAGGGAGCAGUAAUACUUAAGCCUUGUAAAAAAUAUGAGAUUAAACAGAAUGGCCGCCAACUACAGCUUCAGAUCAAUGAAGUAACCACUCAAGACAGCGGGGCCUACAAAUGUUGUGCUGGAAGCCUGGUGACUAAUGGUUCCAUUACAGUUAAAGAGCAACCUAUAUUCUUCCGCAAGAACCUUCAAAACCUUCAAGUUGAGGAAGGUGAAACUGCAUUGCUGACAUGUGAGCUCUCAAAACCUGGACUUGCCGUGCAGUGGAAAAAGGGAACAGUGUUGCUAAAACCAGGAAAUAAGUAUGAGAUGAAACAGAAUGGCUCUGAAUUACACCUUCAAAUCCAUGAUUUAAAAUGUCAGGACAGUGGUGUCUACAAAUGCUGUGCUGCAAGGAUGGAGACAACAGCUUCUGUUGUUGUAAUAGAAGCUCAACCUAGAAUUAAAGAGAUCCCUCAAGCCCCACCAAGAUUAAAAGGAAAAAGCAUUAUAGAAGAAACACACAGUGGUCUAGUCCAUAAGAAACCAGCUGCAGUCAUUGAGGCAUCAGACAUCUCUAUCUUAGAGUCUUCAGAGGAUCACUUCCAGGAUCUCUGUGAGAAACCGACAUAUGAUCAGGAAGUUGAGAGAAAAUCAUUGGCUAGACGAAAAGGAAAAGAUAUAAGUUCCAAAAUGCUUAUCAGUGAAUCUAGUCGCACCAAGGAAGAACCUGAAAUGACUUCUCUUACAACCAAUGUACCAGAUGAUCAAAGAAAAAAAGGGUUGGACACAGAUUCCAAAUGGGUUACCAAGGUUUCUGUGGAUCAGCACAAUGAGGAGAUCACAGGGCAAGUUCAAAAGAAAACUCCAAGCAUAGAUACUAAUGAACAGAGCAAGGAACCAAUCAAAGAUGUUCCCCAGCCUCCACCACGGUCAAAGGGUAAGGCCACACAGCCAGAUGGUUCGCUCCAAGAUCGGAACAGUGUUAAAGAGCAAACUGUUGCCAAAAAAGGCAAGGAACAAGAUGUUGUCAUGGAGUCAACUGUGGAGACCACAAAGGCGUCAAAGCAUGUUGAAAUGAAAAAGCAACCCUAUGUUUUGGAAGCAAAGAACCAAGAUGUGAACAUAAAACAAACUGUGGAUACCACUUUGAAGAUAUCAGAACAUGGUUUAAAUACACCAGUCUUUAAAGAGAUAACAGCUAAGCACAUUGAAACAUCUCAGGAACAACCAUGUUAUUUAGAAGAACAUAAUCAGUACAUCAAAUUGGAAUCAACUGCAAAUAAGGAAUCAAAGAAAGAGGAAAUUGUGGACAAGGAAACAGAGUUGGAUGAAUUUCCCCUCCAUGCAAAUAAAAAUAAGGAACCAAAACAGAAAUCAUUGGAUAAGAAUGCAGUACAUGAAAAGCAAAAUGUCCAAUCUGAAAAGAGACCAGAAAUUGAAAAGGUUCAAUCCAAUGAUGAACCUUAUGGAAAAAUAAUGAAUAUUACAGAAAAAGCUGUAAAUAUUGCAAUUACAAGCCAAAAACCCAAAGAGCAAAUCAUUUGUGCACAAAGAGACACUACAAUGCCUGUUAAAGAUGUGCAGAUGGACGCCAAGCAGGUUGUGGAUGAACAUCAUGGAAAAGAACCAAAGCAUGUUAUAGAAAAACCAACAGAUAUUGCCAUUACAAGCCAGAAAUUCAAAGAAGAAAUAAUUACUGCAGAGAAAACUACAGCAGCUAGGGAUGUGCAGAAAAAUUCAGAGGAAGGUGAAUUGAAUUUACCAUACACUGAUAGUGUAGAUGUGAAAAAUGUGAAGCAGGUUAAAGCCCUGCAGCAUGUUACAGGAAAGGCAACAAAUAUUGCCAUUAUCAACCAGAAACCCAAAGCGCAAAUCAUUUUUGCACAGAAAGACACAACAAUGCCUGUUAGAGAUGUGCAGAAGGAAUUACAGGCAGGUGAACCGAAUGUACCACACAUUGAUAGUGAACUGAAACAUGUCAAGCAGGUUGUGGAAGAACAUCAUGUAAAAGUACCAAAGCAUGUUACAGGAAAAGCAACAAAUAUUGCAAUUACAAGCCAGUUUAAAGAAGAAAAAGUUCAUGCAGAGAAAGCUACAAUGUCCAUUAGGGAUGUGCAGAGGGAUUCACAGGAAGUUGAACCAAACUUGCUACACAUUGAUAGCGAAGAUGAGGAAAAUGUGAAUGUAGACGUACCGAAGCAUGUUACGGAAAAAGCACCAAGCAUUAAAGGACAAAAGAUCAAAGAACAAAUAAUUCCUGUAGAGAAAGCUAUAAAAAUGUCUUUGAAGGCAUCACAGGAAGUUGAAUCAAACUUGCCGCACAUGGAUAAUAAAGUGAAGCAGGUUGCCUAUGAAGGUAUUUCUAGAGGAUCUAACACUCAAACUGAGGAAACAACGCCAGAGCAGAUCCCAAGUGUGGAUACUGACAAACAGAAGGGUUCAAAAGUAGAACAAGGUGGUCCUGGUAUAGAGGUAGAUUUUGAGGAUGAGCCCGAGAUGCUUGAGGCUGCCAUUAAAAUACAAGCUGCUUUCAAGGGCUACAAAACUAGAAAGGACAUGCGGCUCAUCUUCAAAGAAGUGUUCAAGAACCAGAAUAUUGAUCUUGGUGGCACUGCAUUCCUAGAGUGUGUUGUGGAAGGUAAAAUAAGCACUGUGCGUUGGCUUAAAGAUGGAGUAGAUCUCAAGCCUGGGAAAAGGCACAAAAUCUCCCAUGAUGCCGAUGGUAGGUGUCAUCUAGAAAUUUCCAGCGUUACAAACAAAGAUGCUGGAAUCUAUACGUGUGAAGUUGCAAACAAGUUUGGCGCAAUUAGCUACAAUGGGAAUGUGACAGUGGGUAAACCUCAAAAGCCAUCGCAAACAGUUCAGACUGCACAAACACCAGCUACAGAAAUGGUCUCUGAGAAAGAUGUUGUGCCGACACUCAACACUGAAGAGGAGUCAUUGAGACUCGUCUAUGACCUACCAGCAGAUGACACCUACAACAAGAUCCAGGAGAAAAGAAAAAGUCUAAUUUCAGUCAGCUCUAUAUCCUGUUGCUCAGAUUAUGACACAGCGCCUGAUGUUGAGACAGAAUACCAAUCUAGAAGAAACAAAGCAGAGAAGACAAAAACUAAAUCUCCUACAAUUCAGACUCCUGAAGAAGAACAAAGAGUUGGUGUACAAUCCCCAAAGAAUACAGACCAGCUGAAAGUGAAAGGUGGGGAUUCACAGGGCCAGACACCUUCUCCCAAACGCAUGCAUUCCUACAAACCCUCUGGAAAUGCUGAGUCACUCUCUGAGUCUGAUGGAGAUGAUGAUAGAGGAGAGACUUUUGAUAUUUAUGUGGCCAAAAGUGAUUGUCAACCUCUGGGAGGAAACAAAGAGGCUUUUGUACUAAAGGAAGGCCAGUUUGUGGAGGUCCUGGACUCAGCCCAUCCUGUGAGGUGGCUUGUCCGUACAAAGCCAACCAAGAUCACACCAUCCCGUCAGGGCUGGGUAUCCCCGGCGUACCUAGAAAAGAAGACAAGGGAAAUAUUUUCAUUGGCAAAUGAAGCAGAGACAAAAGAAACUGCUGAGAAAGGCAAAACUGUUUUCACAAAAGAUGAGCACAGUUUGAUCCAAAGCCGCUUGAUCAAGGGACUCCUUGAUGGUGAGAAUAAUUUUGUGUGUGAGAUGAACUUCUUUGUGGAGCACCAUUUACAGUACUUGGAGACAAGCUCUAAAGUCCCUCUCACCAUCCUAAGUCAAAAAGAGUACAUAUUCCGCAAUAUCAGAGAUAUUGCAAGUUUCCAUGAAUGCUGUAUUCUCCCUAAACUGGAGAUGUGCUUCUCAGAUGAUGAUGUAGCCCAGUGUUUUGUCAGUUAUACACUGGACUUUGAAAUGUAUCUCCAGUUCAUAACAGGCUUGCCCCAAGCUGAGGCCUGCCUCUCAGACAAAAACACUCAGCAUUUCUUCAAACAAUAUGCAAACACAGAGUUGGCACAUUUGGAUACCCAGGUCUUCAAUGUUAGCACGUAUUUGCAGAGACCCAUGGAGAGAAUUCAAACAUACAAAAAUGUACUUAAGGAGCUGAUCAGGAACAAAGCAAAAAGUGGACAGAACUGUUGCCUAUUAGAGGAUGCCUUUGCCUUUGUUUCCAGCUUGCCUUGGCGUGCAGACAACUUGCAUCAUCUGUCCAUGAUUGAGAAUUACCCUGCACCUCUCAAGGGGCUUGGAGAACCCAUUAGACAGGGCCAUUUUACAGUAUGGGAGGAAGUUCCUGAGGUCAAAAUCUCUCAAAGAGGACAUCACCGCCACAUCUUUCUCUUCAAAGACUGUAUUGUUUUCUGCAAGCCGAAGAGAGAACUUGGCACAUACACUGAGGCCUAUAUAUUCAAGAAUAAAAUGAAGUUGAGUGAUAUUGAUGUAAAGGAUACAGUGGAGGGAGAUGACAGGUCAUUUGGUCUUUGGCACGAGCACCGGGGAAUGGUGAGAAAAAUCAUUCUGCAAGCUCGAUCCAUCCUCCUCCGCCUCUCCUGGCUCAAAGAUCUGAGAGACCUGCAGCAGCGCAGCAAACAGCCCACUUGGACUGCCCCGUGCUUUGAGCAGCAUCUUACUGACUAUCCAGCAAAGCUUGGACAAACUGUAAAACUGGUCUGCAAAAUCACUGGUACACCGAAACCAGUAAUAAAGUGGUAUAAAGAUGGUCAUGCUGUGAAGGAAGACAAGCAUCACAUUACAUCAGAAGGACAGUUGGGUGCUUGCUAUCUUGUACUGACUGGUGUCACUUCGGCAGACUCUGGUCAAUACAUGUGUUAUGCAACUAAUCCUGCAGGGAACGCAAGCACUCUGGCUAAUAUCAUGAUUGAUGUUCCUCCAAGUUUCACAACCAGACUACAGAACACAGUGCUUGUAAAAGGACAAGAUGUGCAGUUCAAGUGCUCCACACAAUCUGCUCCUUUACCAUCAAUAAGGUGGUUUAAAGAUGGCAUUCAGCUUGAGGAUAACAGGAAACACCAGAUUCAGUCUGAUGUUCAGACAGGAAUUCUCACUCUCACCAUAAAGAGAGCAGAAAAGGCAGAUCUGGGUCAAUACCAGUGUGAGCUACAGAAUGAAGUGGGAAGUGCCAAGUGUAAAGCUGAACUCUGCCCUCCAGCACCAUUACCCGUGACAGUCAGCACCCAAAAGCAAUCACAAACCCCCCCAGCUCCAGAGCCCCAGUCAGAAGGGUGGUCCAGUUCCUUUGUGAAGAACCUGUUUCAUAUACUCUUUCAGCCAGGAUACCCUGAACCACCUGUUGCUAGUGUUGAAGACACGCACGCUCUUGAGGAACAGGAGGAUGUGGACAGGCAUGUACAGGCGGCACAGGAAGAGGGACCUGUGGAGCCCGAGGAGCAGUUUUACUCAGACACAGAGGAAGCGUUGCUGACCGAGCCUCCAGCUGUGCAAGUGUCCAUUGAAGACCUGACAGUCCGGCCUGGUCUGUCUGCAACAUUCUCUGCCAUUAUUACUGGCCAGCCCACCCCAGAGAUUCAAUGGUUUAAGGAUGACAAUGAAAUCUUAUCCAAUGACUACACAGAAAUAGUCCAAAGUAAUGCACGUUGCUCUCUUACUUUGCUAAAUACUCAAAUAGAGGAUUGUGGCACCUACACCUGCGUAGCUAGUAACAAUGCAGGACAAGCAUCUUGCCAGGCCAAACUAAUUGUUGACAUAGGUCCAGAUGACAUUGAGGUAGAGAGAGAAGUGGAUUUUGGAAAAAGACGGAAAUUACAUUCUGUAUAUGAUGUUCAUGAAGAGAUAGGGAGGGGAACUUUUGGAGUGGUUAAAAAAGUCACACACAAGGCGAGUGGUGAAUGUUUUGCUGCUAAGUUCAUUCCACUCAGAAGCAGCACACGGACCAGAGCGUUCCAGGAGAGAGACCUGCUGUCCCGUCUAGCUCACCGCAGACUAGCAUGCCUCUUGGACUUUUUUGCCACAAGACGCACACUGGUGUUGGUUGUUGAAUUAUGUUCUACACAGGGGUUACUAGAUCAUUUGUUUUUAAAGGGAUCGGUUUCAGAGAGGGAGGUCCAGUUAUAUAUUCAGCAGGUUCUGGAGGGCAUUGCAUACAUACACAGUAUGAACAUCUUACAUCUGGAUAUCAAAACAGACAAUAUCUUAAUGGUGUCCCCUGCGAGAGAAGACAUCAAAAUCUGUGAUUUUGGCUUCUGUCAGGAAAUCGACAAUUCCAGGCACCAAUACAGCAAGUUUGGGACACCUGAAUUUGUUGCACCAGAAAUUGUCCACCAAGAGCCUGUGACAAUAGCCACUGAUAUCUGGUCUCUUGGUGUUGUUACUUACUUAUGCUUAACAUGCCACUGUCCUUUCUUCGGGGAAAAUGACCGCGCCACCCUGAUGAAAGUCGCUGAGGGCGUGCUGUACUGGGACACGCCUGAGAUCACAAGCAGAAGUGUGGAGGCACAAGACUUCCUACAUAGGGUUCUACAGCCAGACCCAGAAAUGAGACCCUCUGCAUCUGAGUGUUUGAGUCAUGAGUGGUUUCAGGGUUAUUAUGAAGAUGAAGAACCUGAAGACAUAGAUACCAAAAAUUUAAAAUCUUUUAUUUCAAGAAGAAAAUGGCAGCGUUCCUUGACAUGUCUCGGCUCGGUUCUGACUCUGAGACCAAUCCCAGAGUUGUUGGAGGCACCUCUGCGUGACGUUUCAAUUACAGCUACAAGGGAGACCCAGGAGCCGAGCAGCACCUCCUUAAGCAGUGGAUCCUCCUCAGAGUUUGAUGAGGCAGAUGCUUGGGACUUCUUCCAACAAGUGAGCCAGGAGGAUGAAGAUGAUCUGGAAGAUGAGGAAGAAUAUGACCCAUACGUUCACGCGUCAAAGACGCCCACAGUUGUAAAACAGGAUGAAGAAGACGUGCUCAUUGGUGAGGACCGUGUUCACAGUGGCCCGCUGGUGAUUCCCACAACCGCACUAUCAACAGAGCCAGUCAGUUUAGAGAGCAGGGACAGUAGCCCCUAUCUUCACCUCUCAGAAAAAGAUGAAGGAUUGGAUCCCAUACCACGUCGUAGCCUCAUCAAGAGCACUUUUUAUUGCAGCUCUGAGCAGCUCUCACCCAUGUCUGCUCGUCACAUGACGCUUCGGGAUAAAAUCCAAGCUAAAAAGCAAGAGCGUGGCCGUAAACCCCUCCGCGCCAGCCUCUCUGGCAGGUUAAAUGAGCCCCUCAUAGAGUAUGAAGAAGAUUCCCCAGACAUAGAAGCUAAUCGUAACCAAAGAAGAGGAUCAAUGCAUUCGUCUAUCCUCAAGUCAAGCUCAUUUGAUUGUGGAGUAAGUGCUGCCCAUCCAAGCCUACACACCCAGAGAAGAAGCAGAUCUUUAGAUAUAUACACACAGAGAUCUCCAGCUUCAACUGAGCCAACAGUGGAAGGAGAGGAUGAGCAUGAUGUCAAAGAAAGCCAGAAACCUGUCACUGAUGAAGAAGAGGAGAAAACUGAAGCUUUCCAAGUGAGGAGGAAACUUUGCCGUCGCUCUGCGUUUUUGUUGAAGAAAGGCCCAGUAAUUGUGAGAAAGGUGAAAGCGCAGGUCCAUGAGCCCGAAGAAGGACAUCAGCUGGUCUUGCAAAGUUCUUGUGAGGAUGACAACCAAUUGCAGAUCACAGAAACAGAGACAAGACAUUUAGAUGAUCAGGAGAGUGUUGAUGGCUCACAGCUUUCGCUAGCAUGCUCACUUGACCAAGCUUCAGAGGCGUCUAGCAGGAUAGGCUCACAUGAAGAACUCUCGCACAGACACCACCAUGAUGAGACCUUGAGAUCCUCUGGAAAAACAUCCCCAAGCUCUUUACUACAGGACUCUGAGGAUGAAGACAUGGAGAGGGUCCUGAGAUCUCUUCGACAAGACCUCCCACAAGCCCCGCCAAGACGGCGCACCAACAGUUCAAGCUCUGGACUAAAUGAGAUGCGCAAUAAAAGUGACAUCCUUCUGAGAAGAAGCUCCUCUGCCAUUCCUGUCCAGGCUGCGAAGCAAGGACGAGAAAGCAAAGAGUUGCUUCAAAGACAUGCCUCAGCACCAGCUCUUCAAGAAAAACCCCCUAGUGGGAAAUCUUCCAAACCUGGAUUCAUGAAGAUCUUCCGCAAGCACUCGUGGGCUAGCCAUUCUUCUCCUCAACUAGAAGGCUCAGAGAGGAAACAAACAGAAGGAGCAUCUUCACAACCCAAGACCCCUCUUCUAACCCUGAGGAAGAAGAUGCGAGCUUCAGCCUCUAGCAUUACAAAACUGUUCACCCGACAGUCCAGCAAGGAGGAUGUAGAGAAGAAAGGCGGACCAAUUGUAAAGAACCCCUCCCUUGUCAUACCAGAGAUAAUGACUUGCUCUGCCACAGUAACAGCCACCACCUCAUCCGAAAGUCCUCAGAAGAAGUCCAAAUUGUUCUCGAUGAAAGUGCCGAUAUUUAAGAAAACCAAAGAAAGUCCAGUCAAACCAUCCAGGCCAGAUGUCAUCCAGCUAGCAGGGGGAGGAGCUCUUGUGUUCUGGAAACCUGUGCCAUCCAAAGAGCUCGUUAUAUAUUGUAUUCAGUAUAGUGUAAAUGGUGCGGAGUGGAGAAUAUUGUCAGAGAAUGUCACAGACAGCUGUUUUACAGCAAAUGCCCUUCCGAGGGGACCAGGAUAUAUCUUCAGAGUGUCCUAUAACACCAAGACAGGGUUGGCUCCUUUUAGUGACCCUUCACCACCGGCCUUUAUGGCCAUGCCUUAUGAAGACUCUCACAAUCCUCUCAUUAAAAUGGAUUCUGUUGGGUCAAAGGUCAUUGUACCUGGAGGUCUUGGCACUGAGAAAUCUUAUAGCUUCCUGUCUGAAAUCAACAGAGGCCGUUUCAGUGUGGUAAUGCAGUGUGAGGACAGCCGUAGCUCUCAGAUGUUGGCCGCUAAGAUAACCCCCUACAGACCAGAGCAGAGGCAGUUGGUUUUAAGGGAAUAUCAACUGCUUCGCCGACUGAACCACCCUCGAAUCGUCCAGCUGCAGUUGGCCAUCCUCACACCCACCUGCCUGGUGCUUAUAGAGGAGCUGUGCUCUGGACGAGAGCUUCUUUAUAACCUAGCAGAAAGGAAUCUAUAUUCAGAAACACAAGUGACUGACCUACUUGAGCAGAUUCUGAGUGCUGUGGAUUACCUACACAGCCGACGCAUUGUACACCUAGACCUAAAGUCUGACAACAUGCUUGUGACGGGCCGAAACGUAGUGAAGAUUGUGGAUUUGGGCUCUGCUCAGCCCUUCACUCCAGGACAGGCACUAAACAUUGAACACAUCAAAGAAAUGACAGAUAAUAAAGGUUAUAUUGUCCUUCCUAAAGCUCCUGAAAUCUUAGAAGGACAAGGAGUUGGCCCCGAAACUGAUAUCUGGGCUAUUGGUGUUUUGGCUUUUAUAAUGUUGAGUGCAGACAGUCCCUUCCAUGCUGAUAUAAAUUGGGAGAGGGAUCGAAAUAUCAAAAAAGGCAAGAUCCAAUUUAAUCGUUGUUACCCAGGUCUCUCCGAGGGAGCCAUCAACUUUAUGAAAAACACCCUGAGCAACAAAGCCUGGGCAAGACCGACGGCUGCAGAGUGCCUCCAAAACCCCUGGAUACAAGGAGACCGUUCUCCCUCCAAACACACCGACUCAGUGGUCUGUUUCUCAACAGACAAGCUGCAGGCCUAUCUCAGGGAACGAGAGGUCAAGCGAGACCACGUCCGCACAAAAAUUAAUCUGCCCUUUCUUUAAUUCAAGGGGGCAAAACAUAUUUGGAGGCUGAAAGUGAUGUGUGAAACUGUGAAAUGCUUUCUGUAGUUUUUAAAAGCUAUGCUUUCAUAUCAACACGAGGAAAGAUUAUGAUUAAAAGUUUUAGCCAUAAUGAUAAUCAAUUAUAUUUCUUUAGAUGACAUUUUUCAGUAGGUGUAAUUAGGCAAUCUGCAUGACAUGGCUUUAUUGCUUUGUAAUCAUUCAAACAGUGGCACAUUACUUACAUAAACACUAUUUUACAGUAGUGUACAUAAAUGGGUAAUAUCUGUCUAUCUAGAUAUGUUAAUGUAAUAUGUAGAACAUGUUAUCACUGCAUUACACAGUAUUUUUUUUUUUCUUUAUUUUUUAUUUCUUUUUUUGCCCUGUGUUGUUAAAAUUCUAUGACACUGCUUUAUCAGGGACAACGUUAUUGUAUGAUUUACAUGAUGUGGUGAAAUGCAGUAUUUUGUUCAUAAAUUAUAUUUUUCUCAUUUUAAUGCAAAUUAUACUUGAUGUGUAAGGAUUUUAUUGGUUUGGAUUGUAGAUUUUAUAGAGUGAUAGGCAAAUUUAGGGGUUACUGUUUUCUCUGCUGUGACUAGAAUAGAUUAACAAAAUGCAUGUAUGUUUUUGUCUCCAUUGCUGCAAACUGCCAUGCACUUACAAUAAA